AUAGGACAAGAACAGUGAGGGCAUUAGGACCAAGAGAAAGACACACACAUUGCUUUGUAUUAUGUCUGGCAAAGGGUUCCUUGACUGAGUGCUAUAGUUAUGUGUGAAAGAAAGUCAGGGACUGAGUAGUUCUCAUCUGUUGAUCACAGUUAACUUGAAGCGUCAAAACAGGGGAAGCUGUCAGAUCUGCUUGCAAAUAUAAUAUCACUCCAGUCCAGAUAGCAAUUGGAAACUUUGCAGAGGCAGGAAAUAUUCUGGAAGGAAACUAUCAAAAAUGGAAUUUAUUUUUACUUUUUCUCAGAAUUAAAAACGAAAAUCAAAACUUCAACCACUUUUUAAUGAGCUUUUUGGUCAACUAAAUACAUUCAUUCAUAGACAAUCUGGGAUUCUGUAUAACAAAGGAUCUCCUUUAUCUAAUUGGAUCUAUGUUAUCUCUUAUAAGUAGGUAUUUUUGAUUUUGUCUACAAAUAUACGGGAAAGCAUGAAACAACAUCAGUGAAAUGUGAGGGGGGAGGGGGGAACCUCGCAGCAGACAGUAAUGACCAGUUUUUUGCUGCAAAGAAACCAGAGAGCUGGGCUGUAAGAAAUAUCCAAGUGAUAUUUAGCAUGACCAUCUGUAUUGUUUUGUCACCAACAGUAUGCUCUUGAAGAAGAGGUGCAGAUAUGGAUCACGUAAGCUUCAGUUUCUCUUGUUGUUGCUGAUGCUGGGUUUUUUGUUACUGAUGGUUACAAUCCUGACUCCACCAUUCCGGGACCUGAACAAAGAGGGGACAUCCCAGCCAUUAAAGUUCAGUCCCAGAGAAGGGUAUCAGCUGGACUUUCUGGAAACCCAAGAAAUGUUGGAGACUCAGGAGGAGAGUCAGCAAUACUACCCCAUGGUGGGGUUAUCCCCUUUCAUUUCCCUCCGGGAGGAUGAGCUGCUAGUGGCCAUUGUGUCACCCACAGCCAGGAGAAACCACAGCAAGGCAAGAAAAGGAUACCGAAUGGUGAAGCAGCAGAGCAAAAGGCAGGAAGAAAAGACUGAUGUCAAGCCAAGGGGAAACCAAGAGUCCCAGCUCAUGUCCUUUUCCCUGCAGGAUGCAGAAGAGGCUGCUGGGGGUGAGCAAUUGACAAUCCUUGGCCUGGAAACUCAUGGCUUUAAUGAAGCGCUCAGUGAGCGGAUUUCUCUGCGCAGGGAGCUGCCUGAGGUGCGGCAUCCUUUAAAUCGAAUCGUCUCCCCUGUCCUAGAUGUCAUUGACUGGAAGACUUUUCAGUAUUAUCACUCUGUGGAUCUGCAACGAGGUGGUUUUGACUGGAAAUUAGAUUUCCAUUGGGAGCCGCUGCCGGAGCAUGAGGAGAAGGUACGCCAGUCUGCCAUCAGCCCCAUCAGAAGUCCUGUGGUGCCGGGUGGAGUAGUGGCAAUGGACCGACAUUACUUCCAAAAUAUUGGCGCUUAUGAUUCCGACAUGACUCUAUGGGGGGCAGAAAACCUAGAAUUAUCUAUAAGGGCAUGGCUCUGUGGUGGUUCUGUUGAAAUCCUUCCAUGCUCACGGGUGGGACACAUUUAUCGAAAUCGUAUCCCGCACACUUUUCCCAAUGAAGAGGCUGCAAUGAGGAACAAAAUCCGAAUAGUAGAGACCUGGCUGGAUUCUUUUAAAGAGAUUUUCUACAAGCAUGACACAGCGGCAUUCCUAAUUAGUAAAGCUGAGAAGCCAGAUUGCAACGAGCGCCUUCAGCUGCAAAAGCGACUAGGCUGUAGAAAAUUUCAUUGGUUUAUAUCAAACGUAUACCCUGAACUCCACCCACCAGAGUACAAACCAAGAUUCUCUGGCAAGCUGUACAACACUGGUGUUGGCUUCUGUGCAGAUUACAGAUCUGCCUGGGAUGCUGCAGAAGGUCUUAUUGAGCUGUCUCCUUGUAGUGACAAUAUUAACCAGCAUUUUGAAUAUAACAGUGUGAAGGAAAUCCGGUUUGGUUCUGCUCUGCAGUUUUGCUUUGAUGUCAGACAUGAGAAGGUUAUCCUUCAAAACUGUACACAAGAGACAGAAAAUAACCAGCAACAAUGGGAUGUCCAGGAGGGUGGAAUGAUUGUCCACAUCCUUUCUGGUAAAUGUCUAGAGGCAGUGAAGAGUGAAGCUGAGAAGGACUUAUCCUUACAUUUGUGUAACAAGAAUGAGAAUCAGCUGUGGCGAUUUGAUCACUCACAUGUGCUAGAUGAGAGAUGACUGACAGGUUUAUGUGAAGAUUGUCUCCAAACCUCACGGUCACUUUCAUUUGGGAUUCAAAACACACAGAUUCCUUCAUGCAAAAGAAAGUUGUGUGUGUCUGCCACGGUCUUCAGGAGAAGAUAGAAAGAUCUUGCUUGGAAAGUCUUGCUCAAGGAAUUGCAGCAGGGUUCUAGUUUAACCAACUCAAGCUAAAAAUUACUACUUGUUCUCUUCAACCAGAGAAUAAAAGUACUGUGAGUAUCAGUAAUGACUCUGCAGCUCUACUGCUGCAGAAGACAAGAAGUUUGCCCUUUUAAGGAAACUUGGAAGACUAAUUGCCAAAGGGUCUCUCUUCUAAAACUUCUAAGAAAACAGGAAGAUGAAUCUUUGUGAAACUUAAGAAACUCUCUCAAAGGAAGUCUGCCUUGCUAGGAUGAGAGUUUAGCCAAGCUGUACCGUGCACUUGACCCAUGUAAAACAAAGUAGGUUUUAUAUCUAUCAAAGUAGAACAUAAUUACUUUUGUAAGAAAUAGUUAAUAUAUUCCUUUCCAAAUACACUGAGACAAAUACCCCAUUCAGUGAGAUUGCACAGUGUGUGUGAAUUAGCACAGAAUUGGGUUACAUCUUGUUCUUGUUAAAAAUUCUCAUUGACGUCAAUGGGAGUACAACCAGGCUCUCUGUCUUUGGCCCAUUGUCUCUUUCUGCCUUAAUACACAAUCUAAAUUGGAUGGGACAAUGACUCCAAAGAAAUGAAUAGAUGUACAAUGUUCGUGCUUUAGUUUCCAUUGGGUUUUAAUAACUCCUUGUCAGCAAACUUUCCAGUAGUAGGCUUCAGGACACCCAACAAGAGCAGAGUACGAAAGAUUUAGGAGGAAAAAAACUCGCAAACAACAUGUAUUUUGACCUGUAAUUUAUUGGAGGCAUUCAAUUUUGGCUAAUAAAACAUUGAGAUGAAUUAAUGUACUAAAGCAAAGUAUCACUCAAGUUGUAAAACUUCCAGUUGAAAGCAGAAAAUGAAAGGACUUUAGCUGCACAAGACUUUCUAGCUACGUAAGAAGAACAUAUUGGUGUCUACUUCCUUUUCCUGCAUCUGCUGCUAGCUACUUUAAAGAAUAAGAGUGUUGACAUUGCUGACUCUACACAAGAGGAUUCCUAUAGCCCCUUACUCACCAUGGGUCUCAUAGAUGAUCCCCAAAAGUAACUCAGUAAGAUUCUUUUACUGGGAGUGUGAUCAUGCAUCCCUUCUGACCUCAAGUCUCCCACUGAAGUUAACAGCAAUUAUUAUAAUAUGAGGAAUAUAGUGUCAGGCUCCCUGUGUCAGACAGUCUGACUUGCAUGAACACUUUAUCUGGAGUCCUUAAAUUAGGAAUGAAAUCAAAUAGGGCUGACACCUUCAGGUGCUUCCAAAAUAGGAGGGGGAGAAGCUUGGCAAGACAGAGAGGUGAUUGCAGGAUGGAGCCUUUUCCUAACUACCUGGCUUUCCUUUAGAUUGGCUCACAAUUCAUUUCCAUAUCAAUCAAUCACAGCUUUCAUACAGUCAUUAAGGGAGCAGCGCAUCGAUAUUGAAACCUAAUUUAUUGCUGACUUUUUUAAAAGAGACAGAGAAUGUUACUUUUACUAAAAUUUAGAGCUAAUUGACUUUGCAGUGGGGCUUGGCAUAAGGCUGAAAAUAACAGAAUGUUCUGCUCAGAACAAGCCAGAUGUCAGCCUUUGGGAAAUCCCAGAAAAUAACAUUCAACAAUAGAAAUCAGUCACAACAGAAGAAACGAACAUCAUUGAGCGCUGUGUCAUCGACAAAAGCAUUAUGGUAUGGGUCCUGUUUGGUUUCAAUGCCACAAAUUCCACCUCUUGUGCAGGCAUUACUCCAUCCACCAUAAUCACCAAAGCUACCGCCUGUUCCUUCUAUGAUAGCACCACUGCUACAGCGGAAUUUGAUAUUGUUAGCAGCUGUAUCAUCUAAAAUUCCUUGUGGAACUUCAACUUUCAGCUGAAAGGCUGUUAGGAACCCUGUUGGACACCAAGUGAUUCCUGACCAUUGCCCAAACCUAGGGGGAGAAAGACAAUUUCAAUAUAUUUUUCUCUACUUGUUGCAUAAAUGCCAGUGAAAUGUUAUUUUAAUCAAGUCUGAUCAAUUUUUAAAAUGGGAAGUAUGCCAGAUUUUUCUGAAUUAUUUUGAAUGUAUUAUUUAUUAUAUGUUGAACACCAGCUGUGUUUGGACUUUGCAGAAUACCCAGCGGAUACCAUUCCUUCAACCCAGAGCUUACAUUCCAAAAAUAAAGUGACAGCACAAUCACGGCAGGUUGAACUUAUCACAAAGCAGCAAGGAGCUUUUCCUGUUUGAGGGCAGGAAAAAGUUGGAACAAAACUGAAGAAAUGUGAAUGUCCUGUUCACAGUGUAUGUAUCAAACUCAAGAAAACCUGAGAAAGCAAGAUUCACUAUAGAUACGUGCACACCAGAAAAAAGCCUUAAAGUAAAUCUAUUCACAUCAGUGGAAGUAAGAGGAGAAUAUGUUUCUCAAUAUCAAUUAAAAAUAGCUUGGAGUUUA